AUGCCAACUGCAGGCAGAGCUAGUGCAAGCGAGGAGAUAGAGAGUACAUGUUACUUUCCCUGCACAGAAAUAGUCAAUGUGGUUGAGUUCAGUCCUUAUCAGAACACUUCAAGAUUGAUCGCAUAUGGUGGAGAUAACCGGAUAUGUGUUGGAUCCUGUUUGUUUGACGAUGAAAAUUUACAGGAUUUCCAAUUUGAACACCAGGUUGAUAUAUUACAUGGUGCACGAGUGGAGGCCAUCUCUUGGUCACCUCAGAGCUCGAUUGACCAAUACCCUGGGUUGUUGAGAUUUUGUACUGCUGGUGGAGAUAAAAAGUUAAGAUGUUUUUCUGUUGAUCUGAAAAAUAACUCCACAGUUCAAAUGUUGGAUGGUCAUGAAAGUUACAUAAAUGAUUGUGUUUUCAAUCCAAUACAAGGCAGCGCCAUUGCAAGUGUUGGUGACGACCACACAUGUCGUAUUUGGGAUGUUGAAAGUGGUCAAGAAACAGCUUUGUUGCGUCUAACAUCCCCUGGUGUUUCAGUCAAGUGGAUUCCAAAUGAACCCAACAAGUUUUUGGUCGCGCAGAAGAAUGGUACAAUACGGAUAUACGAUAUUGUUAGCCAGCGCCCGUUCAUGUCACUCAGCACUCUAACCUCACCGCUAAAGUGUGUUGAUUGGUCGACCGCUAAUCCAAUCAGGAUCGGGGGCGUUGUAUCGAACGAGUGGGAGAUUUGGGAUAUUUCUCAAUACAGUUCGCCUCAAGCAAGCAAGGAAGCUCAUGUUGAAGGCGCUGUUAACUUCAGGUGGUGUAAGUUGACCGAUGGAAUAUUUGCCACCACAGGACGUCCUGGAAACCAGAUCAAAGUUUUCCAAGUCGGUCACCAUAAGAACCCCGUGACUGCAAACUUAAAAGUUGGCGGAGGUUUGUCGUGGCACAGUCGACUUCCAAUUUGCGCUGUCGGGGGUGACCACGCUGUACACUUAUGGCGAUUGGAACUUUAACUAACAAACAUACACGAACCACAAUGAGCUGUAAUCGUACGAAACUAAAAAUACCCUUACAGGUUCACAUUUUUAUAUAAAGGGAUGCUUGGGAGUCCCCCAGAUGUUUUGCUUUAGCUUUUGGACGCUGAAAUUCGGGCGUAUGGCACGAUUAUAGGCCAUUUUAGGUUUUUUUUAAACGGCAAAAUCCUUAAGUUACAGAAUCCAGAUACAUUGAGCGUACGAAUUUCUUAAGAAUUAAGAAUUGCGAACAGUAUAUUGUGCGUUGGAA